ACAAAAUGAUCGUUCUUUGCGUCUAAAAAUGAUGAAUGCACAACUCAAUCUGCACAGUGCACUAUGUUACACAUUUAGCACCUCAUAAUCAUUUUGUGGGACAACAGUGAUCGCAAUGGCGGACUCAAAGCCACAAGUCAAAGAGGAAAAACCAAAAGCUACUGAUGACAAGAAAUAUGCUAUAUUUUCCAAAGAUUCCAUUAAAACGAUGGCAGAAUCUGCAGGGCAUGAAAGACUUUCAGAGGAAACAGCAGCAAUUUUAGCAGAAGAUGUAUGCUAUCGUCUCCGAGAAGCAGUCCAGGCGAGUGCUCAGUUCAUGAAGCAUAGCAAGCGGAAGCGGAUGACCUCAGAUGAUGUUAACAAGGCACUGAGAUGGAGUGAUGUAGAGCCCAUCCAUGGUUACGGGUCUAAUGAGCCUGCUGUGUUCAGACAGAUAAAGGAUACCAAUCUUUAUUUUGUGGAAGAUCGAGAGCUGAGUCUGUCUGAGAUCGCCAUGGAUACCAAGAUACCAAACAGUGCUGGGAAUACUUCCCUCAAAGCUAAUUGGCUAGCGCUUGAAGGUGUUCACAAGACUGUUGUACAAUCAAGUGAUCCUGGUCAAGCAGCUGCUGAAGGCAUUCAAAAGAUUCUUGGAGUUCAAGGUCAAGGUAUGACCCACAGCAUGGAGAUGUUAUCAUCUGAUCAGGUUACCUACUAUCAGCAUAUCAUCAAGGCUAUUCUAGGCACAGAUGAGGAGGCUAAAAAGGUGGUGCUGAUAGAUCUUCAAACAAACAGUAAGAUAGCGGGCUUACUCCCUUACCUGGUCAACUUUGUAUCAGCCGGUGUGAAGGUAGUCAGUCUAGAGCUCUAUCAACUUACAGGGCUUCUCUACAUCAUUGAUGCUCUUUUGAGGAACCAGUUCAUCUAUCUGGGUCCCUAUAUGAUCCAGCUAGUAUCCACUGUAAUGUACUGUAUCCUGGAACCCCUAGCCGUCUCCAUCAAUCCUCUCAACGACCAUUGGGGUCUCAGAGACUACGCUGCCAGGUUGCUUCUGCCAAUCUUAAGAUGUUCCAAGGAAUCUAAGAGUAAGUUCUAUCAUCAAAUGUUGACGGCAUUUCAGGAAGUAAUGAAGGACCCUGCCAGACCUCUUUGUACAUACUACGGAGCUGUCAUGGGACUCAUAGCACUAGGUCCACAGGCUGUUGAGGAUGUGUUAUGUCCAAGGCUAUCCAGUUACUGGCCGACCCUUCAACAGGUUCUAGAAGAUACAUCCAUUACAAGGGUCAAGGAAGACGGUCAUAAGGUUCAUGGAGCUCUCUUAACAGCAGCUGAAACUCUUCUAAGGCACAAGUUUCAUAAAGGAGAGAAAGACAUUGAUCCACCGAGCCAGACAAGUUCUCCAUGUGAUAGCCCAAGGAACAUGCCCGAGUUUGCCUUUGGCACUGCUAGCUACGUGACUCAACUGAGUGCCGCCUCUGGGAAUCUCAACCCACACCUCAAGGAGAAACCUCCCAGGAAACACAAUAACUUCAUAGAGCUGUACUCUGAGUUGUAUUCCUAUUUCGGAGAUAGUCUAAGUGUGAGACUUGGAAUUGAAAGUGAUUCCCUUCAGGUUUUGGAAAAGUUGGACAAACAUAUGGAGCAUACGGCGAGCCUGCAAGACUUGGUGAAUGAACGAGUUACCUUUGAUGGAACCAUGUUUAGACAGCAUCGUGUUAAGAAUGCUGGUAAAGUGCUUCCUAUACCAUCCAAACCAAGGACUUCUAAUCCUGAGCUUCCAAAGACAAGUGGGAAGCUUCCAAGCAAAUCACCGGGUCAAAAGUUACAGACCUCAAGGACAAGACAUGGCAAAAUGAGCAAGCGAUUCCGAUCAAGGUCUGGGGGUUGAGAGAUGUCUUUCAGAUUAUGAAACCUGUGAAACCUUUGACUAAGAAGACUCCGACUAUUCAGUUGGAGAGUAAAGUUUGGCAGGUCAAUCUUAAGAUGCCUCCUGUUGGUAAGAGAAAGAAAAUGUUCAAGAAAGUUGGAAUGCCACCUAAUAGGAACCUACCUAGCAUUCAUGCUAUCUUGUGAUCAGUGAUCUCAAUGGAACAACUGUCAUCCUUCCAGUGACACCCACUUUUUUAAUGACAAUAAUCAAGUGCCAAGUAGUUGCAAUACUUUGAGAUUUUUUUUCUCACGUUCUUUACCUUUCAGAGGCUAGAAAUUAGUUUUGGAUGUUGAUGAUGCUCCAUGAUUUUGUCAUCUUAAGGUGCAUUUGUAGAUUGUAGAUGAGUUAGAAUCAUGUACAGUAUAAUUUGUAUGCAUUCAAUCUGAUCAGGAUUUACAUGUAUUCUCAGUUUCAGUUUCAUGUAAAUUUAAGGGCAUCUGCACUGUUGGGAAAAGCUAUUGGGCAAAAACUAGAUUUGAGAUGAAUUUUUUAAUAAUUUGAAUACCUUUAAAAGAUGAUAACCUAGAUCCCAGAUUUUAUACUCUUAAAAAGCUUUUAUAUUAAGAAGUAAGAAAUUUGAAUAUACCGUAGUUACCGGUAUGUAAAUUGUAAUUGCACAUUUUUGUUAUCUUGAUGAUGAAUUAGUUCACAAUUUGGCAUCAUUCUUACCCAUUAGGACGACUUCAAUAAGCCCUUUUUUGAUAAAUGAACCCCAUUGUUGUGAUAAUGUUUAAUUCAUCUCCUCAGUCCUUAUGCUUCUUAUUGUCUUACUUGAUAUCAACAACAUACAGAUGGUGCAUAUUCCCCUGCCCCAAGCCUUUUGCUAACAGAUUUAGGAACAGAAAUCUUCUGUUUGUCAUUUUAUUCAGUUUACACUCAACAAAUGCGUGGUAAUUAAAAAAAGAAAAGGGCAUUUCUUUAAUUAGAUUGUAAAUGUCAUGAAUUUCUUCUAUAACUUAGGUACACAACUUUUUCAAUAUAAUUGGCAGUUUCUAAUUGACAAUUAUUAUUUUGCAAGGUUGUCUAUCUAAGUUAUAGAUUAAUUGAACCUAUCCUCAUAAAAUUACAUAUGUUUAAUUGGUUAGGCCUUUAGUAGAACCAGGUUUUCAAACACCAUUCUUGUAUUGAAAUCAGUUUAUUAUUGCAGCUGUGUUUAAAUUUGCCCAAAUCAAUGAGAAUGCCCCCUUAUUUGAUUACUCUUCUAAGCAUGUCCACCAUAGAGUUGACAAUUAAAAGAGUCUAGUCUUUGAUGUCCUUUUGACUUUUGUGGUUGUUUUAUUACUUUUCCUGAAAGUCAUGCAAAAUGUGCAUUCCAUUGCUUUUGUUUCAGAUGUUCUAUCGUGUUCUGAGAUCAGCCAAUGAUGAGAACCCAUCGUUUAUGUAAAACAUUAUGAUAUUGAUGAUUGCAUUUGUAGUGCCUUUUUUUCUCAAUAUAAAAUUCCUAUAUCCCAUUAAAUUCAGUCAUUUAUAUGACAUGGUGCAAACAAGUGGUACCUAAUGGAAGAAUAGCAACGAAUGGAGAGAUAUUAAAGAUGGGGUGAAAUCCAAAUAUAAGUUGAUUCCUGUUGAUGUGCAGGGCUGCAUACAAUUCAUACUUUGUUAUUCAAACAUCUAAUUAUAUUUCAUAUAUUUCUAAAUAUUUUUCUCAGCCCUGCUAAGCUCCACCCUAAAAAAAUGCUCCAGAUCUCAUUCAUCUUGUGACAUCAUCUGUGCUCGUUAUCUUAGUGAAACUAUAUUCAGUGAAACUGAGUUAACCUAAUAAAUGAUAUUUCAUGAAUAUGUGGACUAAAUCACCCA